ACCGCGCAUCGCUAAUGACAGUUUGCGGAGAGCGGAUAAUUUUUCCCGCAGUUAUGAUGCUGAACGGAGGCUCUCACCGCAGCUCGGUAAUCUGCACCAUCUGCGGAACUGCCUACACUUUACCCGAGGAUGACGUUGAAGGCAACCUGCCUCGUGUGCUUGUCUGCGGCCACAUCUACUGCACCAGCUGCCUGAGCUCACUCGACGUUGACGGUGUCGUCACGUGUCCCGAGUGCAAGGCUGAGUCUCCCCUUCCUGAGGCCGGCGUGUUUGGGCUGCAGGAGGACAGCAGAAUUAUAGGCUGCAUCUACACAGCCAGGAUGAACAAGAUGAAAAGGAGGUGCUACAGAUGCUGCCGGGUCAACAGAUCGAAGCAACGCAGAAAGAGCAAAUUAUCAAUGGAGGACAGUGCCACCGCAGAGGAAGAGGAGCAGCCUGUAGACAGAGAGAAGAUGAAGCAGGUGCUGGAUGAGGCGUUGGCCCAGGCAGCAGAGAAUAGUGCCCAGCUGGAUCACAUUCACCAGACUCUGGCGGCAGGUCUUGCAGUUCAGAUGAAGAAAGACAGAGCUCGUCUGGUGGCUGAGAUCGACAGGGCUGUGGACCGAGCUGUACACCUUCUGUAUAAGAGGAAGGAGAUGCUGUUGACUGAGUUGGCCAACAUGGAGACACAUUUCUCCUCCAGCCAGAAGGAGGUGAGACGCGUCCAGGACAGGAUGAAGGCCCUGGAGAUUGCCAUGCAGACGGCCAGAGAAGUCCGCCGUGUCCCGUCCCUGGAGCAGUACUGCACCCUGGACAAGGUGCUGGAGACUUUGUGUGCUCCUGUGGAUCCAGAUUCCUUUGAUAUGAAAUGCAUCACUCUGGGCUCUGGACUCAGAUGUGAUUUCCUGUCAGACAGUCUGAGCCACAGUCUGUCAGUGUGUAUGAAGAUGAAGGCCGGGAGCCCUGAGCCCUUGUCCGAUCAGGCCGGCUCUAGCAGAAAACCCUCCUGGCGUCACGGCGAGCACAGGAGCAGCAGCCGCACCCCGCCCAGGCAUGCCAAGCCCUCAGCCGGCCAGCAGUGGAACCAGGAGAGCCCGAGAUCCGGCCGAUCGCCGCGACGCUCCCCUCCGAGCCCAAGACGUCAGCAUCGGCGCAGCCUCUCCCACCACAGCUCUGCCUCAGACCCGGGAACUCCAGACGUCAUCAUCGAGGAGCUCAUAGAGGAGGAGGAAAAACAAGAUUCUGCUCUUGUGGCCGGACACGGUGAUUUCAAAGCUCUCCCACCUACCGGCCCUGAGCUGGCCAGUGACAAAUGGCGGAUCCACAGGAGAAAGAAGCUUCAGGUGAACGCCACACCUGCCCAGCAUCAGCAGGACAAAGUCAGUAAGUGGGUGAUGGUGGUGGUCACCCAUGUCGUGAAUCCCAGCCACUUCUACGUUCGCUACGUGGCUGAGAAUAAAGACGCCAUGAUGCUGUCCAGGAAGAUCAACCUGUUCUGUGCCAGAGAAAAGAGUCUCUUCAGUCCUAAGGACAGUCUGGAGACAGGCUCCAUGAUCUUUGUGAAGUGGAAGCGGGAGUCUUGGUGUCGAGCCUCUGUGGUCGAAAUCUACCAGGACAACACAGUCGGGCCGGUGCAGACUUGUCCAAUCACGCGGCUGACCCGAAUCAGAGUCAUCUUCCUCGACUUCGGCUUCGUCAAGGGCCUCACCCUGCAGAGUGCUGGGGGGACCACUGAGUCUGUAAUAGAAGUUGUGAACGAGCAUCUGAGGCGGGCGGACGUGUCGCUGCAGGCAGAAAUGAGUCGCUUUGCUCCGCAGGCUGUCAGAUGUUCCCUGAAGGAUCUUGUCCCCACUGACCCGAUGAAGGGCUGGAGCAAGGAGGCGCAGGUUGAAUUUCGGGGUAUAGUCGGCUCUGCAGCAGUGAAGAUGCAGCUGUUUGGUAAGGACGGAGACGCCCUGCUAGUGGAUCUGAAGAAGGCCUCCACUGAAGGCGCCGCCAACAUGCCCAUCUCCAUCCGAGAAUACCUGGUCUUCAUUGAAGUGGCCAAGUUUUACUCUCCAGUGACAGUUGGCAGGAAGCUGCUGCAGUAUUACCCUCCUGUCUACCCCAGGAUCAACACCGAGAUGAACGCUGUGGUAUCCCACAUCAACAGGCUCGAUGACUUCUACAUCAAGCUGGUUGACAACAUGGAGUUCAUGUUGCUCACAGCCAAGCUGCAGGAGUGCUACAAUGCGACUUCAGUGGGAACAGGAGACAGUGACCUCAACCUGUACUGUCCUGUGAUCGGACAGGCCUGUGUCGCCUGCUUCGAGGACAACGUCUGGCACAGAGCCCAGGUCUUAAGACAUCCUGGGGCCAGGAUGGUGGAGGUUCGUAAUGUGGACUUUGGUAAUAUAAACAUCCUUUCUGUCAAUGACCUGAGGAAGAUCAAGGAUGAGUUCUUUGCCCUCCCUGCUAUGGCCAUCCAGUGCUGCCUGUCAGACGUGGCUCCUCUGCAUGGAGAGAGCUGGAGUGACGCCUGCACCCACAGAUUUAUCAGCCUCGCUGAGCACAAACUGGUCACCAUAGUGGCCACAGAGAAUGUACCAAAGAACAUGCCUCUGCCGGUCAGGCUGUUUGAGAGCAGCCUGGACGGGUCGCUGGCCGACUUGGCUCAGGUGCUGGUCACUGAGGAGCUGGCCUGCUUCAAACAGGGACUUCAGCCCAGAGAUGUGGAGCAUCUUCCAGAUGAGUCUCCUGUGUGGGAUCCUCCUCUUGAGGAGAUUUAUCCCUCUAGGAGAGCUUUCUCUUCAGGCAGUGAUGGAUCAGACCAGAAAACCGCUGCAGACCAGCAUCAGGAUUCGCUGGGCUUCCAGCUGCAUCUUCCUGCCUGUCUGAAGGACCUGAAGGUCAGAGUCACCCACGUCUGCUCACCAGGCAGCUUCUGUGUCCGGCUCACCCAGAGCGACUCAUGCCUCAAAAGGCUGUGUGAGCUGCUGAAGGAGCAGUGGGUGGGCACCAAGCCCCAGGACGAGGUGUGGCAGGCAGGCAUGUACUGCGCCGCUCUGGUCAACGGGGUCUGGGAGCGAGGACGCAUCAGCAGCAUCUCAACAUCGACCAGCAUUGCAGAGGUGCUGCGCUGUGACUUUGGGAACACAGUGAAGCUGCACAUCAGCAACUUGCGACCGCUGCAGGCCUCACUAGAGGGCUCUCUGAUGAUGGAGUGCACGCUGAGCGACAUCAGGCCAGCUGGAGGUCGGUCCACCUGGACGGCCACAGCCUGUGACUUCAUCUCCUACUACCUGACCGGAGCCUCGGCUGUGAUGACCAUCAAGGAGUUGACAGACGAGUGUCCCGUUCCCGUCAUCCUGUCCUGCCCCAACAAAGUGGGACAGUAUGUCAGUGUCGCAGACUUCCUGGUCAGCGAAGGCCUUGCCCUGCGGGAGAGGAAACCCAGAGAGGUGGUUGUACCAAAACCAGAGGAAAGUGUCGAAGAGCCUCAAGUCAGCGAACAAACAGACCCUGACAUGGACAAGUGCACCUCUCCUAUUCCUCUUUGUACUCCUCUUCCAUCUCCUCCUCCUACUCCUCCUCCUCCUCCACCACCUCCACCUCCUCCUCCACCUCCAGCUUCUCGUGCUCCUACUCCAUUGCCCCGUUCAUUGAGCUCAUCCAAACCCACCUCAGCCCCUCCAAAACCAGCACUCCGCACCUAUGCAUCUGCUGAGCUGGUGAAGACUCUACCUUACGAGCCUCCAGAGCUGCCCUGUCACGGUCACACCGAGGUGACUGUUUCUGCCAUCGGAGAAGACGGGCUCAUCUACGUCAGGACACACCACGCAGACUGCCAGUUGGACCAGCUGAGGGAGCGAAUCCAGCAGAGCAUGAAGACGCUGCCCAGACAGAAGCCCUACACCUGGAGGACGGUGCAGGGCUGCGCCGUCAUCGGCCCCGACAUGCUGUGGUACCGAGGCCAGCUGCUGGAGGUGCUGGGAGGGACGGUCAAGGUGCGUUAUGUGGAUUACGGCCAGGUGGAGAACAUCCCUGUGGUCCAUGUUUACCCCAUCCUGCUGUGUGAAGACGUCCCUCAGCUCUGCAUGCCCUGCCAGCUGCAUGGAGUCAAUCCUGUUGGUGGGACGUGGCAGUGGGAUGCGGUGGCUCUCCUGAAGGAGCUGCUGCAGAGCCGCAGCGUCGACCUGCAGGUCACGGAGCAGCCGAUGGAGCCACGAGGAUCUCUGAUGGUUCAAAUCUGUCUGGAUGGGAUGAACCUGAACAGGAUCCUGUGUCACCACCAACACGCCUCCAUGGACCCAUCAGCCUCCCAGCUGGAGGGAAACACGGCGGUGCCUCCGGCCCCCUUCCUGGAUUCCUGGGACAUCGACGCUGAGGGCCUGGAGUGUCCAGAGGGGCCGGUGCUGGAGCACUUCACCAACCCCAACCUGCCCCAGGAGGGACAGCACUUCAAGGUCAGGAUCAAACACCUGUGGACCCCCAAUGAGUUGUUCCUGUGGCCUCUGGAGGGCACUGCAGCUUGUUGUAGUGAUGGUGAAACUCUGGACGAGGCUCUGGCCAGAAUCAAUAAGAACGUGUCUGAUCUGCAGCAGCUCACCAACUUCCCUCGUGAGGGGCCGUGUCUGGCCGAGUACAGCGACGGCAAGUUCUACCGGGCCAAGCUGCUGGACUUCACCAGCAUGAACCCCACCAUGAUCCUGGUGCAGCACGUCGACUUCGGCUCGCACGACACAGUGCCGCCCAGCAAGCUGCGUCAGCUGCCGGAGGAGCUGCUGCGUUUCCCCGUCCAGGCGCUGAAGGUUCAAGUCGGCGGCUUCAAGCCUCCCAGAGGCAGCCAGGACGGAGACAUGCUGCCGUACUGCCCCAAGUGGAGCGUCAAGGCUCUGCUGUACACCAUGGACCUGCUGCACACCUCCAGCAGCUUCACCGCCUCCAUCGUGGCCAGAGAGCCGCAGCUGACGGUGCUGCUGCUGGACGCCGAGGGCGAGCUGGUCUACCUUCCUCUGGUGAGAGAGGGCCUGGCCGAGUUCGACUGAACCACACGAGACUCAACAGGCCGGGUACAUUCACACACUGCUUCAACAUUACUGACAAGACACAAGACAGAGAGUUAUCGCUAAUGGACUGAUUUUAUUUUAUUAUUAUUAUUUUUUAAACCUGACACUGAAGAUGAGACCUGAGGAGAGCCCAUCACUUGAUCACUUUACUGACAGUCACCACAUCAUCACCGCCUCACGCUGUGUUUAUGUACACACAGCAGCCACCGCUCCAGCCUGUUUGAUUUUUGUGUGUUUUGUUUGCUCUCCUGUGCAGGCUGUUUUUCCAGGAUCUCAGGCUCAACAGUAGCUUCAGGUUAAUGUAUCGGGCUGUUGAUUCAUGCUCAGGCUACAAAUGAUGGUUUGCAUAUCUAGUUUCUAAUUUGGAUGGAGUGUAUUUAUCGUAUUGCAUCCAUCUGUCUGUCUGAAAGUGGGAUGUGUUCAGGCUGAGCUCUGAAGAUGAGUCUGACAGCCUCCUUAUCAGAUUAUCAAUCAGAGUGAUUAGUAUCUCCACCCGUCUCAUGACUGGUGAUGUUGAAACGUGUGUGUCCGUGGUCCCCUGCCACGUUCAUUCCAGCUUUAAACUGCUCAGGUUUUGCACGUAAAGAGAAGUCGACGCCGCCUGCCUCUGACCCGUCUCAUCUCGUCUCCAGAUCGACGCGUCGCUGUGAACCAGGCGGACGCAUUUUCUUCAUGUUUGCUGCUUAUCUGCUCC